AGACUCAUCAUUCAGAUAACUAACAUAUCACUAUGGAGUUAAGACAGAUUUUAAUUUUUGUGCUCUUAUUCGCUGUUGGAUCCCAAGGUUUGGAUGAAGACCUCAAUUUAGAGCCGACUAACUUGAUAUCAAACGAAACAACGGCCCUAUACAGUGUUGGUGUGCACGUGGGCAUUAUCAACCCCGAAACAUACUCACUUGAGUCGUUCGCGGAACACGAGAAAGACAUCUUCAAAGACGUGUAUCAAGAAUACCUGGCAUAUAAUGACAGUUUACCACUAAACUACCAGGACUGGCUCAUUAUGAACAACUACGGGAUCUUGCCAGACACACAAGAGUCACUGUAUCAAAGGAAAAUUGCCAAACGUUCCACGGCAGACAAUAAGAGGCGUUUCAUGAGUGUGGUAAAAAAGGGUGACAUUUUGAUCACAGGCAGAGGCAUUGGAGGAUUAUUAGGUCAUUCAGCUAUUAUGACUACAGAUAACUGGGUUUUAGAGAUGCCUGGAGGAAAAGGAUGGAACAAUGGAAUUCCGAACAAUAAUAGACAAAUUCAGAAGGACAAGUGGUUUAAUCAGCAUGCCUCUGAUUGGACGACCGUUUACCGUUGCAAAGACAGCGCGGUUGCCAAGCAAGCUGCAACGUGGGCUGACCACAGAUACUACAAUCCUUCUGGUGGUUCCACAAAAACCGUGCAUGUUACUUAUAAGUUGACUACUAACUUCAAAUCGAUAAGUCCUAGUUAUUGUUCCAAGCUUGUCGUUCAAGCCUAUUACUACGGAACUGGUAAGAAAGCAGUUAUAAAGAAUCCGUUCAAUAAGAUAAUCAUCCCUACUACUAUACCAUCGUAUUUCCUCUCCCCUUACGGACUGGUAAAUAAAGGAAAAUAUUAGUAUUUCAAAUCAUUUUUUGUUCUGUGAAUAAAUAUUUGAAUGAAUACAUUUUCCAUUACAUGUUGAUACUUUGGAAUAAGAACUAUUUAACUAAUAACAUAACUUCUUUUCUUUUAUUAUCAAAUCGCAUUGAAUUGAUCGUCGAAACUGUUGAACAUAGGCCCCAGUAAUAUUAGACCCUUUAUCAGAUCAACUGUCCACGAGAUUCAUAUUGCAGGUCUUCAAAUACUGAAUGAGUGAAUUUUUACCAACUUGUAUUGGAUUCACAUGUAAUUAAUCUAAUAAAUACCAAAAUAUUCAAGUCUUUAAAUAAAUUUAAAAGAUGUUUUUAUAAUAACUAUCGUGAGACAUA